AUGUGUGAAACCCUAGUGGAAUUGUGGAUCACUGCGUAUGUUGUGCUCCCGGCAGCCGGCGAUGUGUGCCUGUCGGCACUUAAGAGACUUCAUCUUGAGGGGGCUGAAUCUUUGCCCCGCCUGAUAUCUGGCUGCCCAGUGCUUGAGGAGCUGAACAUUGUUAAUUUUCAUACGGCCCAAAAUUUGGAGAUUUGUUCGCCAACGCUACUUAGACUCGAUCUCAAUAUACAACCUGAUGACCAUGGAUUUGGUGAAAACAACUACUUUUGGGUGAAGCUACUUACUCCGGCGCUUAGGUUCUUACACAUGAUCGAGUUUGUUUUCGAUAAUAUUUCUACCGGGACACUUGGUUUAUUGGCAGUGGCAAAUGUUUCUCUCGCUUGUGAAUCUCGCAUUAAGUUAGAAUUUGUGAGCAAGCUGUGUAAUGUGGGGAGUCUAAAUUUAUAUGCUGGAGGGAUGGAGGUAAGAGUUUGA